UUUAUCAGCCAAGCAAAAUUGGCCAUUCCAGGGCGUGGCUUUCUCUUAGACAUCCACGGCCAAACACAUCAACCUGAGAGGACGGAGCUGGGAUAUCUCAUUUCCAAACGCCGGCUCGUGCGCAAAUCCUACAACAUGAAGUACACUUCCAUCAGAAGCCUUGGGGAAUACUGGUGUAAAGGCAACAACACUUGCUUUCAAGAUUUCGUCCAAGGAAAUCGAGGUCUUGGAUAUUUUAUGAAUCAAGAAGGACUGGAUGCUGUACCCUCACCACUUGACGAGGACCCAGAGGGGGAAAAAUUUUUCUAUGGCGGAUAUACGACCAGGCGCUACGGAUCAAGAUAUGGAGGGAAAAUUGACGCCAUUCAGCUGGAACUGCCGAUAGGGGUUCGUUACAAGUGGAAUGGUGAUGAUGCUUUGAAAAAUGCUUUUGCUAAAGCUAUCGUCCAAUUUUAUCAGACGAAUUACGACGUGUAAAAAAGCUGAAACGUUUUGUUUCGUGUAAUUUGUAAAAGGAUCCUUCCGUAGUUAAUAAACUCCUUAUUUACACUA